UGACAGCCUGUAGAUUUUGCAACAAGUUCCAACCGCCCAGCUCCAAGCAUUUGGCAAGCAAUGCGGCUGCCAGGCUUUGAGACGAUACUGCGAACUCAUCUUCGAGUUGGAGUUCGACAUUGGGCAUCCGCAGCACAGACGGAGGGCUUGCAGUGUGGUGCCCAAACAAAUGCAGGCAAGUUAGCUGGCGCCAUCGUGGCACGAAUCCGCGAGAAAAGCAGGGUAUCCAUAGACACCGUUGGACCACAGGCAGGGUACACGGCCUUAAAGUCCAUCAUGAUCGCAGAGGAAUAUGCCAAGCAGGACUUCAAGGACAAAGUGCUAGUCGUUCGCCCUGAGAUGGUCAAGCUCGAACCAAGGGAGGCGCCGAGUGGCCGCAUGACGGAGACCAACGCGUUGCGCAUGCACGUGGCUGCAGCCGAUCAGUUCAAGGAGGUUCAGCAGGAGCUUGUUUAUUUCAGCGGGGACACCAACCCGGGCACCGCUGCCGGACUCCUUUCUCGCCUGGUGGAGUCCAAAGGCAUGCUGUGCUCUGACAGGCAUGGGUGCUGCAGCUACAUCCAAGGUUUACAAGGCUUUCCUCAUCACCGAGGACUACCUGCGAAGGAACAAGAGCCUGGGCGAUAAGGUGAUUGCCUUCCAUGCUCGAAAGGAUACCUUCAAGGCAGAUGCCGAGGAUCGCACCCGCUUGCUGCUCAGCUGUUGGCUGGUGCCAACGACGCUUUACGAGAGCUCCUAGUAUGGAGAAA